AUGUGUUUUGUGCAAAAAGAAGAUAAAGGAGAAGUAUACAGAAAGGUACGUCUCAGCAAAACCCCAGUGAACGUGAGCAACCCACUACAUACUGCUAUAAGUAAAUCCUGGGAAUCAAUGGUUGGACUAGAGAUUCAUGCGCAGAUAUCUUCCAAAUCUAAAAUGUUUUCAGGAUCAGCUGUUAAGUUUUCAUCGCCACCCAAUUCAUUGGUCUCUUUCUUGGAUGCUUCACUGCCUGGUACACUACCUGUAUUGAACAAAUACUGCGUUGAAGCCGGAGUAUUAACAUCAUUAGCAUUAGAUUGUCAAAUCAACAGAAUAUCAUACUUUGAUAGGAAACACUAUUUUUAUGCUGAUCUCCCAGCAGGUUAUCAGAUAACUCAACAGAGGGUUCCCUUAGCAACAAAUGGAAAGAUAGAAUUUUCCUUAUUUGAUCAAAACAGCAGCAAGAAUGAGCCACAAAAGAUGUGUGUGAGAUUAAAACAAAUCCAGUUAGAACACGACAGUGGAAAGAGUUUACAUGAUGACGUCAAUCACGAAACUUUGGUUGAUCUAAAUCGUUCUGGCAUUGGAUUAAUGGAGCUCGUAAGUGAGCCUGAUUUACAGAAUGGGAGCCAGGCUGCUGCUAUGGUUCGGGAACUACAGUUAAUAUUACAGUAUAUAGGUACAUGCGAUGGCAAGAUGGAAGAGGGCUCUCUUCGUGUGGAUGCUAACGUUUCUGUCAACAGACCAGGAGAGCCUCCAGGAACUCGUACAGAGGUGAAAAACAUCAACAGUGCAAGAUUUGUUAAGAUUGCUAUUGAUAAUGAAAUACAGAGACAUAUACAAAUUCUUGAAAAUGGUGGCAAAGUUAAUCAUGAAACAAGGGCUUUUGACUUUAAAUUAGGUCAAAGUGUUUCAAUUAGAGACAAGGAAGGCUUUUCAGAUUAUAGAUUCAUGCCAGAACCUAAUCUCCCACCAUUGGUUAUAUAUGAUAAGAAGACGAUAAUGAAUGCCAGCAAAGAUGAUAUUGCUGUUAAUAUUGAUGACUUACGUAAAAAAUUACCAGAAUUACCUGAACAACAAAGACAGAGACUCACAAGGCAUUAUGGUAUACCGCUCUUACAUAGUAUGGUUUUAAUGCAAGAAGAUGGACUAGUGGAAUAUUUUGAGUCAAUUGUUCAAGAAAAAAGUCGAAAUGCCAAGACUGUAGCUGAUUGGAUUAUAACUGUUUUCUUGAAAGAACUAAAUGCACAUGGCAUGACAUUAAAAGACAGUCCAGUAUCAUCGCAUCUUAUUGGUCAGCUAAUAGAUUUAAUGACUGAUGGUGUUGUAUCUGUAAACACAGCAAAGAAAAUAAUGCCAAUCCUGUUUACAGAUGAAACAAGAUCACUUACACAGAUUAUUGAAAGUAAAAACUGGGCACAAAUAAGAGAUGAAAAACACCUACAAACACUGUGUGAUAGUGUUAUAGCUAACAAUAUGACAGUGGUAAAAGCUUAUAUUGAUGGCAAUAAUAAAGUAUUCAACAGAUUAAUGGGAUUAAUACAGCAUCAAACUCAAGGAAGAGCCGACCCCGGCCUUGUGAGAAAAAUACUACAGACAAAACUCGAAGAGAUGAAACUCAAAUGAUACAAAGUUUCAUUAUAAGAUUUUUAAUAACGUUUCAUAGAUUUACUCAGAAAUAACCUUAUUGAGGUUAAAUACAGGUCAUUCAUACUGGGAGCUAGGCAAUAUUUCAUAUUGUGGAAGUGCAACGUACCAAGUACACUCGUGGUGAGAUGAAGGGUGGC